AUGUCUCGCGCCAGCUCUUCCUCAGAAGGCGAGCUCACCGGAGUUCAACGCAAGGCAAACACAGUCAAUCAAUCCAGCGAACCUGCGAUUAACGGCUCAAACAGGGUCUUCGGACUAAAUGGCGCCUCAGAUAGUCAUGGACAUAAUCACCGCGCGCUGAGUCGCUCUCCUUCACCAUAUCGCCGCAGGCGCACACGUUCACCGUCCCCGUAUCGAAGGAGCCGCAACAUCGACCGCUCGCCUUCGCCAUAUCGCCGAAAUCGUCUUGAUGGUCCUGAUCGCAGCUAUGCUGGCAAUGAUGCACAGCCACGUAACAAGCGCAAGACUUCGCCUCCUCGUGGCCCUCGACCCGACAAGCGACCCCACACUGAUCAUAGCAAACGUAAUGACCAUAAGCAAUACAGGCCUGAUCAAUAUAGGUCUGAACAGUACAGGUCUGGCGUAGACGGCAGACGAGGAGGUGCACCUCCUGCAGGCUUCGUGAGGGGACGAGACGAGAUUAUGAAUCGGUCUUACGCAAAGCCGAUCUCAUACGCUGAGGUGGAGAACCCUAACCCUGUCCCCAACUUCCAAGAUGGACUCACACUCGAUCGUGUGCGUAAAGAGCGAGGUCCUAGUGACCACCAGCAGGCGGAAGGUCGUCAGACUCGCCCACAAGAGCAUGACUCUUCUCACAAGGGCUCAAAUAUACCUGAGCCACAGGCCAGUUUGAGCCAAGAUGUUGAUAUGCAAGUCACUUGCGACUCCUUGUUUCAUACAUCACUGACAGUACAAAGGAAAACUUCUGGCGAUGUCGAAAUCGAGAUAGCCCCUGCUGAAGAGAAGGUUCCAACUGAAGAGGUGCGAGAAGAAAAGCGUCGCCGUUGGGCAGCUAUUCGAGCUGCAGCCGAGCAGCAAAAGCAGAAAGGAGAUCUUUUACACCAAGCUAUACUCACUCACGCAUCAGAGACUACAACACCCAACGCUGCCUCUCCCGGUGCAUAUGCAGAAAGCCCCAAAUCGCCGUUUGCAUCUCCUCGCAAUGGCGACACUGAGUCUGUCCCUGCGUCGCCUGACGUGAUGGUUGUUGACAAGCAGGGAGGAUUCGAUCAAGGCAGCAGCCCCGCCGCGGAUAGUCCUACCGCGGCAGACUAUGACCCUGUUCAAGACAUGCUGGAUGACCGUGAGCGCGCGGCUAAGAAGAACCAAAACUCCGAGGUGCCCUCUGAUGCAUAUCACGAAACAGACCCAAAAGUUCUCUCUACAUUGCCCGCAGAGAUAUCUGCCCCAUUGAAGAAGCAGAAGGAGUUUGACAUGUUCGCUUCUGACGAUGAAGAUGAGGACGCUGAAGUAGCAACAGAGGUCAACGUACCUGCUAAAGGCACUGUUCUCGACGAGAAACUGCUCGAUAACUGGGACGAUCCUGACGGCUACUACAAGCUAAUUAGCAAUGAGCUGGUGAAUGGCGGACGAUACAGACUCAUCAAAGCCCUCGGACGUGGUGUCUUCGCUAAUGUCGCUCAGGCUGAAGAGGUGAACACGGACGGUGGUGAGCAGAGGCUGGUGGCUGUCAAGAUGAUUCGCAGGAACGAAUUGAUGAGGAAGGCAAGUCAGAAGGAGAUGGACUUCUUGCGCAAAGUCAAUGAAGCGGAUCCUGCGGACAAGCGGCACAUCAUCCGACUGCUAGGCUCCUUCGACCACAAAGGGCAUUUGUGCAUCGUCUUUGAACACAUGUCUAAGAACUUGCGAGACCUCUUGAAAGAGGAGACGAAUGGUCACGGUCUCACUCUUCCGGCUGUUCGAAUUUAUGCCAAACAGAUGUUCCUAGGUCUACAGCAUCUGCAGAAUUGCCAGGUUAUCCAUCUUGAUCUCAAGCCCGAUAAUGUCCUGGUCUCUGCUGACAAGAAGACGAUCAAGCUUGCGGAUUUCGGUACCGCCGUUGACAAGCGAGAUAUUAUUGAGCGCACCGAGUAUCUGGUUAGUCGCUUCUACCGCGCACCAGAGAUUAUAUUGGGCAUGGAAAUUGGCUACCCGGUCGAUAUGUGGGCUGUUGGCUGUACGGUGUAUGAGCUAUGGACGGGUAAGAUCCUCUUUACGGGAAGGUCAAACAACCAGAUGAUCAAGUCAUUCAUGGAUUGCCUGGGAUGGCCAAGCGAGAAAUUGCUACGCAAAGGUCUUGCGAACAAUAUCCUUGCAAACUUCGAGCUGGGGCCGCCAUUGAAAUUCAUCAGCCGUGAGGUUGACCAGUAUAAUAAGCUCUCCAUACGCAAGAUCGAGCAACAAAAGAAGACCAAUCGCGACAUGAAGACACGAGUCCAUGACGCGGCAAGGAAUAUUAAGACGGGAGGCCCAACGACAGCUGAAUUGAAUGAUCUAGCAGACUUACUUAGCGCAAGUCUGCAUAUGAAUGUUGAGAAGCGUCUCACUCCCAAGGAAGCACUCGCCCACAAGUUCUUCGGAUCCAAGCCCAUGGCGCCAAAAACUGUCGGCUCAGCUGUUGUCAAACCGCCGAUUGUCAAGCGUGGUGGAGGUUCUGUUCGUCGGUAA